AUGAAGGUCACCGUUUCUAUCGCUCUCUUCUUUGCUGCCUUGGCCCAGGCCGCCGAGACGGUCCCUCAGGGCGCUCAGGCUCCUCAGGCUCCUCAGGCUCCUCAGGCUCCUCAGGCUCCACAGGAGGCCGGCAAGAUGGCCGAGGCCGAAUUUGGCCCACUCUCGCCUGAGAUUAAGAAGCUUGGUAGAGAUCUCGCUCGCUUCGGCGGCUGCUUCCUCCAGCGCUUCUGGAACGACGCCCAGCGCAUCAACUGCGGCAAAUGCGAGCAAGGCGGCGACUACCAGAGCAGCAACCUUGUCUCUUGCAUCUGCGACAACCAAGACCAAGCCGCUCAUCAUAUCCGCCGCAACUUUAACGUCUGCGUCGAUCCCAAGGCCGCUUUCAGCCAAAUCAUCCGGGAAGUCGGUGCUGGUAAGAAUUAG